CCGCACCACCUCCACCCGGGCCAUGCCGAGCCCAUCAGCUUCGGCAUCGACCAGAUCCUCAACAGCCCGGACCAAGGCGGCUGCAUGGGGCCGGCCUCGCGCCUCCAGGACGGGGAAUAUGGCCUUGGCUGUUUGGUCGGGGGCGCUUACGCUUACGGCGGCGGUGGGGGCCCCGCGGCUGGGGCUGGAGCCGGGGGCGCGGGGGCCUACGGAGCUGGAGGCCCUGGCGGCCCGGCGGGCGGUGGCGGCGGCGCCUGCAGCAUGGGCCCUCUGGCCGGCUCCUACAACGUGAACAUGGCCUUGGCCGGCGGACCCGGACCGGGCGGCGGGGGCGGCGGCGGGGGCGGCGGCGGGGGGGCGCUGAGCGCCGCUGGAGUGAUCCGGGUGCCCGCGCACAGGCCGCUGGCUGGAGCCGUGGCCCACCCCCAGUCCCUGGCCACUGGCUUGCCCACCGUGCCGGCCGUGCCGGGCGUCAACAACCUCACUGGCCUCACCUUUCCCUGGAUGGAGAGUAACCGCAGAUACACAAAGGACAGGUUCACAGGUCACCCCUAUCAGAACCGGACGCCCCCCAAGAAGAAGAAGCCUCGCACGUCCUUCACGCGCCUGCAGAUUUGUGAGCUGGAGAAGCGCUUCCACCGUCAGAAGUACUUGGCCUCGGCCGAGCGCGCAGCCCUGGCUAAGGCGCUCAAAAUGACCGACGCGCAAGUCAAAACCUGGUUCCAGAACCGGCGGACGAAAUGGAGGAGGCAGACCGCGGAGGAGCGUGAGGCCGAGAGGCAGCAGGCGAACCGCAUCCUCCUGCAGCUGCAGCAGGAGGCCUUCCAGAAGAGCCUGGCGCAGCCGCUGCCUGCAGACCCGCUGUGCGUGCACAACUCGUCACUCUUCGCCCUGCAGAACCUGCAGCCGUGGUCAGAUGACUCGACCAAGAUCACCAGUGUCACGUCCGUGGCGUCGGCCUGCGAGUGA